UCAAAACAAAAGAAACCGCCCCGGUGAAGCCUUCUCUACUCCAUUCAGUUCCGGGCCACCCAUUACUUUUCACCCCUACGCUUGUAGACGCCGGACCUGAGGACCUACAUUUCCCCCCUUUGCAACACUUCUCGUUCGUUUCUGAGAAACCUGCAACUAUGGAGCAAUACAACAAAAUGACCGAUGAAGAGCUCAUCCGCACCCUUAAGAAAUACGGAAUGAAUCCCGGUCCAAUUGUCGGUACUACUCGGACCUUAUAUGAGAAGAAACUUUAUGAAGUUGAACGCACAAAAACUAGAUAUCCGCCCUCUUCAGGCUCAUACGAAGAGAGACAAUAUGAUUUGCCAAGGAAAGGAAUUUAUGAAAGACGCACCCAUGAAGAUGUGGAUGAUGACCAUUUCGAAGAAAGCUACUCCAUGCAGACUACUAAAACCUUCGUAGAGCCAUCAGCCCGUCAGAGAGGCUUAAGGGAUGACUUCCAAAACAGAGAAAAGCAUUUUGCCUAUCAGGAUGUAUCGCAGGUUCGCCAUUCCUUAGGCUCUGCACAGGCAGUAGAGCCACGACGACCCAUCCGAGAGAAAAUAAAAGACGAGACGCCUAAUAAGCGCUCCUGCCCACUCUGGCUUCAUUUCCUCCUGAUCUUUCUGUUUGUUGGGUUUCUGGCCUUUGUUUACUUUUAUGUUCAAGAAACAAAUGACAAUCCAUUCAGGCAAAUAAAAAACUAAAAAGCUGGAACCAAAGAUGCAGGAGAAUGUGACAUUGUUUCCCUUGCAGACUUAUAUCAUGUUCUGAUAAAGGAACUUUAAGCUCAAACAUUUCUAUGAUGCUUAUGAAAAAUUACCAAUAAAAUGUGAAUAUUUUUACAUGCAAAAGGUUGAUAAAGCCGUUCACAUUGGUUUUAACAGAAAAUGUAUAUUUGUGCAUAAACUAAUCCCCUGGGAUCCAUUGCUCAUUGGCUGAUAAUUACAACUAAUCCAGCUCUAUUGGUAGACAAGGACACACCUCUAAAAACAUAAAUGGUUGUUUUAUUAAGGGCAAGAAACAUCAGUUUUCCAAAAAAGACAAAAUUAAAUAUAUUUUUAAAACCCUGAGGCAACAAAGAAAAAAAAUUGACUUUAAGGUUCCUUUAAGUAAAAAUGCUCCAGUUAUUGGGCAAUGCACACACUAUAUAGAGACAUUCAGUUGUUUUCACUUUCAUCUUAAUCAUAUGGAGUUUAUCAAUCAUAAUAAAGGAGUGCGAAUAGACAAAAAUCUGUAAUAGCAUUUCUCUCCAAAUGUGUAGCAGUCCAGGGAUAAACCACUUAAAAAUUAGAGUCCAGGUGUAAAUUAACUCCUGUACAUCUUCUAAUCAUUAACUAUCUAGCAGACAGCAUGGAUAGGUAAACCUAGAGGGACACCAAAGUAAAAUGGGAGGGUCAUGGUAUUGACUUCUGUAGAACACAAAGCAGCCUCUCUGGGGGCAAUGGAAAAACUAUAAAUUGUAGAUUUGAAUUGCAGUAAAAGAAGGCAAAAUACAUAAUGAAAGUUUCUUUCACUGUGCAUAACUAAACAUUUUAACUUUAAAGGGACAUGAAACCCAUUUUUUUUUCUUUCAGGAUUCAUAUAGAACAUACAAUUUUAAACAACUUUCCAAUUUCCUACUAUUAUCAAAUUUUGCUUCAUUCCCUUGAUAUCCUUUGCUGAAGGAGCAGCAAUGGACUAUUGAGAGCUAGCCGAACACAUCUAAUCAGCCAAUCACAAGAGACAAAUGUGAGUAGGCACCAAUCACCAGCUAGCUCAUAGUAUUGCAGGAUAUGUACAUAUUGAACAAAGGAUACCAAGAGACGUACAUUUGAAAGUAGAAGUAAAUUUAAAAGUGUUUUAAAAAGACAAUUUAUCUGAAUCAUGCAAGUUUCAUUUUGACUUUCCUAUCAAGGGGGAAAAAUCUUUUUUACUUUACCCAAACAUUUAUUGGGACAUUUCAUUUUGAGAUUAAAGUCCCUUUAAAUGCUGAUCUGCAGCUCCUGAGCAAGACUUUAUGUGCUUAAGUUCUUUACGGAUUUUAAAAUGUCCCUUUAAGUUUCUCAAUGAAGGCGGCUUUGUCCUUGGGAGCUGUGCAAAAUGAAAAUGUUAUUAAAAAAUAAAAAUACUAUAUGAAACUCUAAAAUGCAAGACUUGCUACAUAUUGUAUUGCAGUUAAAGGGACGUGAAACCCAAACAUUUUCCUUUCAUGAUUCAGAUAGAGAAUACAAUUUUAAACAACUUUCCAAUUUACUUCUAUUCCAAAUUUGCGUAAUUCACUUGGUAUCCUUUGUUGAAGGAAUGGCAAUGCACAUGGGUGAGCCAAUAACAUGAGGCAUAUUUGGGCAGCCACCAAUCAACCUGAGCCUACCUAGGUAUGCUUUUCAACAAAAUAUAUCAUGAGAACAAAAACAUAGAUAAUAGAAGCAAAUUGGAACGUUGUUUACUAUAGGUUAACUCUAUCUAAAUCAUGAAAGAUUAAAAAUCCCCUUUAAUUAUCUAAUUUUAUUAGGAGAAUCACGUCACAUUACUUUUUAAUACAGUUAAGUGGUAAUUAGAUAUGUGCAUUCAGCAGCCUAAAUCAACAUCUUAGUGUGUUGGACAUUCACGAGAAUAAAUCUGGUUCCAAAAAGAGCCAAAUGCUACGAGCAGUGAAUGAAACUGCUGAAUGCACUUAUCUAGCGGUAAUAUCACAUAAUAGUAUAACUAUAAUCAAAGAAAGCUAUUGGCCCAAUGCAAAAAUAUUGAUUUGUUCAUCUUAAUUUUCUUAAAUUAUAUUUGUAUUUAAUGUUUCAAAAAUUAUUACAGCUAUAGAAUACAAGUGAGUGACAUAUUCUUGUACUAACAGAUGUGGGGGAGGGUAAUGAAAAAAAGAAACUAACAUUAUAAAAGGUGGCUCAGAAUUCGAAAAGUAAAGUAUAAUUUAAUAAACUAACAGACUACCAGCAUAUCAUUACCAGUGAAUAGCUAGAAAUAAGAAGUGACGAGAUUUCCAAUAUAUUAUAAACUGACAUUUAAUUAUUCCUAGUUGUGUUCUCUAGGUCAGGUAUGAGGUUUACGUUUGCUCCCCUAAGCGCAAAAUCAAGCCAACAUUUUGAAGCUUCCCCAGUUUUCUGUGCAAUGUCCAUUUUCAGUAGGUAACCUCUGACUAAAACUAUAAGCCUCCAUUCAGAUAUGUCUCUAUAAAUCUCAAACAGGAAUCCAAGUGCUACAUCAAGCCCCUGUUAUCUUAUUGGUGACUUUAGGAUAUUAACAGGUACCUAUUUGAGAACAAUGUUACCUAUGAUUAAGCGCUAAUGCAGCGCGAAAUGCAUCAGAGAAGUCUGUCCUUUGUGCCCUGCAUGACUGACAUGUUUUUAAACAUUUUUCAAUAAAGAUUACUAUUUUUAACUGGCUGA